GUCGCGCGCGGCGCCGGCGCCGUCGGCGAGGUCUGGAUCCGGGGCCCCACGGUCUUCUCCGGCUACGUCGGCGGCGCCGCGCCCGACGCCUUCGCGGGGCCCUGGUUCCGCACGGGCGACCUCGCGACGGUCGACGGCCGGGGCUACCUGACGAUCACGGACCGCGCCAAGGACAUGAUCCUCGUCGGCUCGGAGAACGUCUACUGCGUCGAGGUCGAGCGCGCGCUCCACGACCACCCGAGCGUGACCCACGCGGCGGUCUACGGCCUCCCCGACGGCGCCCUGGGCGAGCGCGUCAAGGCCGUCGUCGUCGCCGACGGCGCGGUCGCGGCCGACGACCUCCGGCGGCACUGCGCGAAUCUCCUCGCGGACUUCAAGGUGCCGUCGCGGGUCGAGUUCCUCGACGCGCUGCCGCUCACGGGCUCGGGCAAGGUCGCCAAG